AUGGCGAGCCUGCAGGACAUCAUGAACGUAGAUGAGGACCAUCAGUUCCAUCCCCAGACCAAUAAGAAGGGCACGGUCCCAGCCUCAUCCAAUGUUCAUCAGCAGCCAUCUGCGGUACCACCAGACUCAGUCACUGCCAGCCUUAAGUAUAUACCGCCAGCCCAACACACUCAUACCCUCGACGGCCCUCCAGCCAUCACACAUUCAACUUCAUCCACCGGAUCACCGUCCAACACAAGUCAGCCAGCAGCAGAUCGUCGCCCAAGCAACACGAGCGUCGACUCUAUGGAUCCGUCGUUGUAUGGUCACGGUCACUCUGGGUCAUCUGGAAGUCUUAACCCCUCGAAUACACCAAUGCGGCCACUCGCAAAUAUGUUGGCAGGCGCGGAAGCGUCAGUGAAACUGACGCCCAUCACCGGUCGAGUCAGUCGAGCAAAGAAGGGCGUACCUGUUCAUACAUGUGAUCAGUGUCGUCCCCCCAAGACGUUCACAAGAGCGGAGCAUCUGAGAGCUUUCCACCGCAAGGAUCUCUUGGACCGACACCAACAGCGGCACGAACUGGACGAAGAGAAGUCGCCGAGAAGCCGCAGAACGUCUGCAGGCUCCCUGGAUGGAAGUGCUCGUCUCGGGCUGCACCCCUCCGUCAUGAGCUACAGCACCCCUUCGACAACACCAAACUUAUCCAUGACACCAAACAUGGCCCCUAACAUUUCAGCGUUCCUCGGGAGUCCCGGCAGCGCCAGCAAGUCUAUGUCUCCGGGAAUGGGUGGUGGCAGUGAGAACUACCCCUCCGCAUCUGGCGGUCAUGGAUACAACAAUGACUAUCAGUUGUCAUCGCAUUCGCCCCAGCAGCUGCCGCUGCUUCAAGACGGAACGGCAAGUGGCUUCAACACACCAGCCUCCAUGAUUGUACCCACCUUCUCCUCCAUCGACUACAGCCAGCCCCGCACGAACACAACCUACUCCGAGCUAUACCUUCAGACCCAGGGCCUCCCGAGUCAGCAGACACCAGCAAUGGACGCGCCCCCAGAGCUUUCGCAUCCCCACGACACAUCUAACUGGCCCUCCUCUGCCAGUGACAGUCCCUUCUCCACACCUUCUGAGAGGUCUCGUCGCGGUCCAUGGACUGAUGCCCAGCGCUCAUCCAGUGUGGACUGGCAGGGCACCAACCUUCUCUCUCCGUAUCUCUCACAUGAACAUUCAAGCCCUCCACCCGGUUUCGACGCUUUGCCUGCGAGCGGACCCAUCUACUUUCCUUUCUCACCUUCGCCCCAGCUCGGGUCUGGGCCAGUCUUUGUGCCGUCGCUCGAUGCGCCUUUGACCAACUACCCGGAUGAUCAGACGUUGUUGGACCCCCAUCAGCAGCAUCUUUUCCCCAACAGUGUUGGUAAUCCAGUCCCAGUGCGAGCUCUGGCCCAGGCUCAAAGUUCUGAAAUUCUAGUCUCGCCAUCGACGGCCCUCCUCUCGGAUCGCAUGAUGAACUCGCUCGCAUGCGUGGGACGCCAGAAGGAGGUGGCUGUCGGCCUCAUGGCUGCGCCCAUCCUGUCGCCGAGCUCUCUAUCGCCUCCGCCUGCAAGUGCGUACAGGGCGAUUCCGUACUACAUCGAGGUGUAUUGGGACAAGUUCCACCACCUGUUCCCUAUCGUUCACAGACGCACAUUUGAGGAGGCAUUAGAGCAAUGCGACCUGCUGCGAUGCGCCAUGGCUGCCGUGGCCACGCAGUAUCUCACCAGCAAGGAGGAUCGAAUCAGGGGCAAUCAAUUGCACGAGUAUGCGUGGCAGCAAGCCAGAAGGUCCCUUCAUUGGAGCGUAUCGGUGAUGCAAGCUAUCCUCCUCUGCGAGCUGUUCGCUCGUUUCCGCGGCCGCAAGGCUGCUAUUCGCCCGUCCAAGGAGUUCGAAGAUGUGUAUCAAAGAGUGUAUGAUCCGUCGGUCAUUUUCGCUCCUGUGCCAAUGAGUGGCCCUAGCAACGUCAGGUGGCACACGUGGCUCGACAUGGAAGCGCGUCGUCGUCUGCUCGGCGCGUGUUUCGUGCUCGACGUACACACAUCGGUGUACCAGGAGCAACGGCGUGUGAGAGAAUUUGACAUUGCUGCCGAGGGGAUUCCGUCCAUCCCCCUUACGGGCCAGACGAACGAGCUUUGGGAGGCUAUGAGCGCGGAUGCCUGGUCGGCCAUGGUGGCGAACAAGGAAAACAUCAUGAGCAUACUAACGACGCUCCCAAUGAUCAACCCGGGCUCUCUGACCGAUUGCACGAUUCAGACACACUCGCUGUUCGACAGGUCCAUCAUCCUGGCGUCCGAGGCCAUCCGCCUCCAGUCUCAGGGUUCGGCAGCACCGAGCGAUCCGAGCCGCAUGGCGGGGCUGUUCCCGGACUGCCCGGUCGCCAACACGUACCUUGCGCUCCAUCACGCGCCGCUACAUGACCUCCUGGCGGUUUCCGGCGAGAGCUGGGUGUUCAGUCAAAAGCUGAUGGAGGCGUCUUCGUUCGCGGAGCACAAGAAGAGGCUCCGGCAGUGGAGCUCUUCGAGCGAGGCGGCAACAUCAGUCAUCUUCGCCUGUCGAGCGAUGGAGGCCUUUACGGCGCAAGGCAACCGGUGGGACGCGGACGAAGACGACGAGGAUGCAGACAACAUGGAUAUCUGGGACACGCAAAGGCCGCGGGCGUGGCGGGACGACGUAUCAGACUACUGGGGCAUGUACGUCUGCGCCCUCAUCUGCUGGGCCUUUGGCCACGGGGCCUCGGCCGACGAGCUGGAAGGCGCGACAAUGGUGCGCGAAGGGGCCGGUGAGGCAGCGACGCUGGCCUGGGUGAGGGCCGUUGCCCGCAUGGGCGAGGACGACGUUAUGAAGAUUCGCAAUCUGCAGGACUCGACGAAGGUGGUCGAACUGGCGAGGUCGUGGCUGGAGGCCGACUGCAUUGGGAACCGCAGUCGGUUGUUCGUGGAUGCGGUUCGGGUGCUGAGAAAGUUGGAAGAAGGCGUUCAAUGGGCGUGA